AUGGCAUCUGAUAGCUACCCAUUACAUGAGGGCAGGAAAAAUAAGAGUGACUGGGUGUAAAGAGCAAAGACGGAUGUCCUGAAGGUCCAGGUGGACAUUGAGGAGCACAUAGCCUCUGACCACAUUGCCCUAAAGCAAGGGGACUGUGAAGAAGCCCUUAGCCUCUUCAAAAAGGCCUUCAAAGCUUCCAUAGAGCUAAAGGAGACCAAGGUCCAGCGGGCAUGUGCCUUUAACCUGGGAGCUGCCUACGUGGAGGUGGGUAAAGCCCUGAAGGGGCUGGACUUCCUGAAGCGGGCACAGCCAGGAGAGAGGGGCGAGCGGAUGGCAGACCUCCAGUUCAACCUGGCCGUAGCCCAUGAGCCCCUGGGGAACCACAGCCAGGCAGCUGUUCACUGCCUCCAGGAAGCCCAGCUGUACCGCUCCCAGGGGGAUGGGGCCAGUGAGGGGGAGACCUGCAUGAAAAUGUCCCACUGUCACCUGCUCCUAAAGUACUGGACCCAGGCAGCUUAGAGCUUCCAGAGGGCUGGGGAGAGCUACAGGAUGGCAGGCAAGCUGGACUCAGCCGCCACGACCUUCAAAUAGGCAGGGAGUCACAUGCUCCAAUCAGAUGACUUCACCAUGGAUGAUAUCAUCACCGUGCUCACUGAUUGCCUCGAGCUGAGCAACAACAUCAAAAACCCAGAGUUCCUCGGUAAGGUGUACAAUGACCUGGGCCUGAGUUUCUCCCAGCUGAAGUUGUUCCAGGAGGCAGCCUGGUGCUAUGAGCGGGCCCUGCCCCUGGUCAGCACCAGGCCCAAAAGGCUGGCCGUGGUCCUACAGAACCUGGGAGCCGUUCACAACACACUGAGCCAGUACCGGCAGGCCCUGGACUACCACCGAUAGGCUCUCCAGAGGGUACUGAGGUCUGCACAACGCAUCACCGGGGGCAAACUACCUGCCCUCCAGGACACCUACACCACCCGAUGUUACAGGAAGGCCAUAAAGAUCAUCAAGGACAACAACCACCCGAGCCACUGCCUGUUCACCCCGCCAUCAUCCAGAAGGC